AUGAUUCUGAGGCUUGUGUCAAAGGUGGGCGAUGGUGGGUACAGCCAAGUGUUUCUGGCGCGAGAGGUCGAGGUGGACGGCUCGUUGGGCGCGCGGAUGCUGGCCGUGAAGAAGGUCCUGUGCCAGACCAACGCCCAGCUGGACAUGGCGAAGUCAGAGAUGGCCGCGAUGCGGCGGUUGAAGGGCAAAGAGGGUUGCCUGGAGUUGCUCGCGGGCACCAUCGUGCCCAGCAGCGGGGAGGACCUCAAGGUAGCGAAGGACGUCGCGCUCUUCGUGUUCCCCUACUACCCCGAGGGCACGCUCGUCGACUUCCUCGCGCGGCGCGCCAAGGCCGAGGGCGCCGGCCCGCGGCAGCCGAUGCAGGCGCGGCUGACGCCCUUGGAGGCGGCCUGCGUGGUGCUGCAGGUGGCGCGCGCGGUGGCCGAGAUGCACGCCCUCGAUCAGCCGCUCACGCACCGCGACAUCAAGCCGCUCAACGUGCUCGUUCGGGCCCCGCCCGGCGCCCGCGGCGCAACUGACAGCGCAGCGCCCGCAGCCGCGUCCACGUCGUCCUGGCGGCAUGCCGCGCCGCGCAGCCCCGCGCCGAUGGAGCGCGAAAUGCGGCCGCUGCGUGGCGGGGGAGGCGCGCCGGCCGCCGACCCCCGGGGCGGCCCUGCGUCAGCAGAGGCGCAGCUGGCGCGUGCGUCGGGCCUCACCGCCGUCCUGAUGGACUUCGGGAGCGUCGGCGCGCGCGAGGAGACGAUUGCGACGCCGCAGGAGGCGCGGCUGCUGCAGGAUCACGCGGCCGCGCACAGCACGGCCCCGUACCGCGCCCCCGAGCUGUUCGAGCCGCCGUGCAUCGGCCUGCCGGUGACGAUGGACGUGGCGAGCGCGGAUGUGUGGAGCCUGGGCUGUUUGAUAUUCUUCUGCUUGACCGGGGAGUCGCCGUUCGAGCACUCGCUGCGGGAGGGCGGCGGCAGCAUCGCUCUCGCAGUCCUGGCGGGCCACGUGCGAUGGCCCGAGGAGUGCGGGAGCGACGCGGCUUCGGCGGAGCUGCAGAACCUCGCGGAGAAGUGCCUGGUGCUGGACCGGGACGCCCGGCCCUCGGCGGCGCAGGUCGCCAGCGAGGCAGCCAGCAUCAUUCAACUAGUCAUGAGCUGA